AUGUCUUCAAAACCAUUAGUAUUUUUGACGAGGCCUUCUCCACCAAACGGUGUGGAAUUAUUGGCCAAAGAAUGUGAAAUUAGAAUGUGGAAAGAAGAAACACCGAUAUCCAGGGAAGACUUCUUAAAACAGUCACGUGGGGCAAAUGCUUUGUUCAUUCAUCCAUCAGUGAAAAUAGAUGACGAACUAUUAGACUCAGUUGGUACACAAUUGAAAGUCGUGGGGACGAUGUCAGUUGGAUUAGAUCAUGUAGAUAUAGAAGCAUGUAAGAAAAGGGGAGUGAAGGUUGGAUAUACUCCGGAUGUUCUGACAUCUUCAGUUGCUGAAUUAACUGUUGGACUGUUGAUAGCCACUGCCAGAAAACUUAAACCAGGAUUUGAAGCUGCCAUCACUGGACAGUGGAAAUGGCAAAGUGGGUUGUGGAUGACUGGUAUAAAAUUAGAAGGGAAGGUAUUGGGUAUAGUGGGAUUAGGAAGAAUCGGCAUUGCUGUAGCCAAGAGAUUAAAAGGUUUUGGAUUUUCGAAAAUUGUUUAUUGUGGUCGAAGCGAGAGUUCUCGUGCUCCUGAAGUUAGUGCAGAAUACGCCACCUUUGACGACGUUUUGAAGCAAUCUGAUUUUGUUGUCGCAACUUGCUCCGUUCAUGCUGGCAAUAAAGAGUUAUUCGACCAAAAAGCUUUCACGACGAUGAAAAAGACAGCAAUAUUUAUAAAUGUCACACGAGGGGCACUGGUUAAUCAAGAUGAUCUAUACGAUGCCUUAGCAAGUGGUGAAAUCUACGCUGCUGGUAUUGACGUCACAACACCAGAACCUCUUCCUCCAGAUCACAAGCUACAUCAGUUACCCAAUAUAACCAUAUCACCUCACUUGGGCAGUGCUACACGAGAAGCUAGAGAAGCCAUGUGUGGACUUACUGCACUAAAUAUACUAGCUGGAUUAAAAGAUCAACCACUUCCAUCACCCGUACCACUAUAA